UUUGACUGGAGACCAUCGAGCAGAGAGGAGGAUGAUAGCAGCAUCCCUUUGCUGUUAUUCAGCCAUCACACAUCUCAAUGACCUGCCCGCACAUAAACCACUGAUCGUGCCUUUUGCUUUUGGCAAGGCAGAGAUACUGAUCAGUGUCUAAAAGACUGCAUCCCUUUUUUAUAUGAAAUUAUUUUUUCAUAUACUCCUUUUUUUUUAUUUCAAGGUCUCUGUAGCCUGACUCUUUCCACCAUGGUGCUAGGAAAGGUAAAGAGCUUCAGAGUAAGCUACGACUGUCUGAAUGACAGCAACGUCCCCGUGUUCUCCAGCGGGGACUGCGUCUCAGGGAGGGUGAUCAUCGAAGUCACCGGAGAAAUCCGAGUCAAAUCCCUCAAAAUCCACGCCAAAGGAUUUGCCAAAGUUCGUUGGACUGAAUCUAGAAAUGCUGGAUCCAACACUGCCUACACGCAAAACUACACAGAAGAAGUGGAAUAUCUAAAUCACAAAGAUAUCUUAAUUGGGCAUGAGAGAGACGAUGACAACUCGGAGGAAGGACUCACCACUAUCCUUUCAGGAAGACAUGAGUAUGCAUUCAGCUUCGAGCUUCCACAGACACCUCUGGCUACCUCUUUCGAAGGGAAGCAUGGCAGUGUGCGCUAUUGGGUAAAAGCAGAACUCCACAGGCCAUGGCUCCUGCCCAUGAAGACCAAGAAGGAAUUCACAGUCUUUGAGCACAUUGACAUCAACACUCCAUUAUUGCUGUCACCACAGGCCGGCACGAAAGACAAGACUCUUUGCUGUUGGUUCUGCACCUCAGGUCCUAUUUCCCUAAGUGCCAAAAUUGAAAGGAAGGGAUACACCCCAGGAGAGUCGAUCCAGAUCUUUGCAGAGAUUGAGAACUGCUCCUCCCGCAUGGUGGUGCCAAAGGCAGCCAUUUACCAGUCCCAGACCUUCUAUGCCAAAGGGAAGAUGAAGGAGGUGAAGCAGCUGGUGGCUAACCUGCGGGGAGAGUCUCUGUCCUCGGGCAAAACGGAGACCUGGAACGGCAAAAUGCUGAAGAUCCCACCUGUGUCCCCCUCCAUCCUGGACUGCAGCAUCAUCAGAGUGGAGUACUCCCUCAUGGUGUACGUUGACAUCCCCGGGGCGAUUAACCUGUCCCUGAACCUGCCCCUGGUCAUCGGCACCAUCCCGCUCCACCCCUUUGGCUCCCGGACCUCCAGCGUCAGUAGCCAGUGCAGCAUGAGCUGGCUGGGCAUGGGUUUGCCCGAGAGGCCUGAAGCUCCUCCAAGCUAUGCAGAGAUUGUGACAGAAGAGCAGAGGCAGAGCAGUCUGGACGUCCCUGCGGCCCGCGAGGAUCUGAACGGACCGCUCUUCGCCUACAUUCACGAGUUCCGCUUCCAGCCUCCUCCUCUGUACUCUGAGAUCGAUCCUAACCCAGAGCACGCCAGACGCACAGAGGAGCGCAGACUGGACGCCUGUCCGUCACGCUGAAGGGUUCUUCUGAAAUUCCCCUGAGCGACUCGGGGAUCUCUAAGAAAGAAACCUGCUUGCAAGGCUCAGCUUUGUUUAUUUUUCUCCAACAACAACGUUCACACAACGCUGUUGACGUCGGAGAAAAACAAAGUGUCCCACCAACAGACAAAGACUUGGACACAUAUCCACAGUCGAGUUGGACAAAUCUGUUCCUGCCUCUCCUCAGCGAGAGAAACGGGAGCCACUAGUUUGGGGCAUCGCCUCCUUCCUGUCAGCCUGCUGAGGGGGGGAUGUAUACAGAGGAACACAUAUUCAGCCUGUAUGAUUCAAACCCCACCGGUAGCGAGAGCCCCGCUGAUAGUAUUGACGAUGAAGAAUCGGCGAGGCUCGGCCUGCUAAAGUUCCUCUUUAACCUUUUGAUUCUUCUGUACUCAUGGCACAUAAGGACAUGGCUCCUCACACAAAAGGCAGGACUCAUCAUGUCCCGACUUCAGCAGAAUCACCUAAAGAAAACAGGACGAAGAGAGCAACGUAACGACGUUCUAACCACCGUAUGAAUGAGAGCACUCGGCGGCAGCAGUCAAUAACAGAGCAAAGACUAACUCCUCCUGCCUCAAUUUUGGAUUUUUGUUUUGCACAUUUUAUUCUUGAGUUGUGUGGCUCUGUUUAAUGAAAAAAAAAAAAUCACUAAUAGUUUGGUUCCAGCCUUGUAACGCGCCAGACUACGAAUAUAAGCCUUCAAGGCUUACCUUUUUCCUCUGCAUCACUUCGAGCAACGCUGACAACAGGAUUUGACAAGGACAAGAACAAUGCACUGAAUUUGUAGAAGAUAUUUCUUUUUCUCCUUAUGACAUUUCCUCUUCGUAUGACUCAUAAUGACUAGACUUUUUUUGACAACGUCAGCUCACUAUUUUCCAUCUGGAGGCUCUUUAAGAUGUUGCCUCCUCAGCUUGGAUCCACGUGUGGCUUCCCUCCUCUUUUACUUUACUUCUGUUAGCUUGUAUUUAGCCCCCAAUCCUAGAAAAGCUUCUUUUUGUAUUGAGGUUGCUCUGAAUUUGGACUACGAGGAUUGCAGACCUGCAUUUGCCACUCAAAUUGUAGCUGAAGAGAAAAGUGUGUGUCUGUGUCUGUCUGUGUGUGUGUGUGUGUGUGUGUGUGUGUGUGUGUGUGUGUGUGUGUUUGAGCGUGGAUUGUGGAGGGACUCGCCUCACCCUUAUUACCUGCAGCCCCUCUACUCCUAAUCUCAGGGCUAACCAGGCUUGCAUAACUGCCCAACAAGCACUGUCUCAGGUGGUCGUCUUCACUUGCCAAACGUUUGGUGGGGGAAAAAAAGAGAAAGAUGUUUUAGCUUUUUAAAUGCACUGUUAAAAAUAAUGAAUAAUUUUCCAAAAACGAGAGAUUAGACCCGCAGUGAAGCAAGCUUUCUGAGAUGUAUCACAUUCCCUUUGUUUGUCCCACUGCACUUGCCCAAUUCAUCCAACCAGACCAGUGAAGCCAGAAUGCUAACUAUAAAAAACAACGAGUGACCCUGCUUCUGUGUUAAAGAAGCAAAACCCAGCACAGAUUAAAAAAAAAAAAAAGAUGGCGACGUUGCCAAACCUUUGUUCAGUUCGGUCAGAACAAGUAGUAGUAGUAGUAGUAGGUUGACAUGAGUAAUACAUUGGUUUCUCACUCAUUCAACACAAAAGACCAGCUGCAGCAGAGGUUUGGCAUAGUCAGGAAAAGAAGGAAAGCAGCACUCUUUUAAUAAAUACAUAUUAAAAUAAUAAUUAAAAAGCAUUCAAUGGUGAAGGUCUGGAGAAAUUGGUAGUUAGGAGUUAUUCAGUAAAGCAGUGCUGAGUAGGACGUUAAUUAAAUGUUUUGUUAAGAUUAGCAACUUUAAAAUGGUGACAGGUGUGUGUGUGUGUGUGUGUGUGUACGCUCUUACAGAGAUCCAGCUGGCAACUAACUAAACGGCUUCAGAGAGUAAUCGACAAACUGCAGAUUAUUAAAGUGAUCUUAUCUUAGUGGCCUUGACACAGAAAAAGACCUGAUCAUUGUUCAGCGUCUACGUUAACUCUUGUUUGUUCACACCUGUAUGUCUUUAGACCUUUCCAUGUUUCAAGGACAAAAAGGGAAGAGGAUAUAAAAAAAAAAGUCCUUUUUUUGAAGCAAGAUCCUGGACAGGCUCUGAAGAUGAUUUCAUGUAUUUCUGGGCAUUAAUAUAGUUUGCUUCCUAGUUUAACAAGCAACCUUCCUGAGUUAGUCUCCCUGACCUCUCUGAUCCCGGGCGGGGGGGUGGCAGCUGUUGAUCAGCAACCCUUCCCCCGUAUCAUUUAAACAUUUAGCUAACCUGGGAUAGCAGACAGAACUUCUUCCACACUUUUUUUUGUUUGGGUUUUAUCUUAGGGAAACUGGAUCAAGCUACAUGCUAAUGAAUAAGCUUAUGUAUAUGUUUCAGGUUGGCCGAUUCCAUAGUCCAUGUGCUCGGGCCGCAGAGUAAUCCAGUGUCAAAACUAAGCUAAACUCCUGACCUGAUAAAGGCAGGAACUGAAAUGUUCACAGAUAAAAAAACAACCUGGGAGACAGGAUCUGAGACAUUUCAGAAACAAAGUGCAAUAUCACUCACUGACUUUUCCUCAUUCUCCAUUUGUAUGUAUUGUUUUUUUGAUCUCUUUCAAACAUGACGAUGUAUAGAUAUUCUAUGAAUAUGCUAUGUUCUGAAUGGUUUAACCUUUUGUCUAGUUCUUCCUUUUGAUUUGAAUAAACAUUUUUGUUCUAAAUUACAA